UGCUAUUAAAAAGGUCAAUGGAGGAGAUAGAGUCAAAUAAGUACGAGUGAUAUGUGUUUUUCAAGCGAACUUGCAAGGAAAUAGCCCUUUUUAUGUUUCUCUUUUAGUUAGUAGAUGGCGGCUAAAAUAAGGCAGAAAAAGCUAAACCAAGUUACUUAUUGCUUAAAUAAUUACAUUUAAUCUACGCAAAAACUUUUAAUCAACAAAAAACUCCAUACCAGACCUGCUAGCUUUUAGAACCAGAAUAAACAAAAACAAAAACAAAAACAAAAAGACUGUGACUAUAUUUUAGUAUAUAAUUCAUUAUAUGAUUCUCACAUGUGUGUGGAUUUAUUUAUUAAUUAUUUAUUUGUCUGGUUGAAGCAAAACUAAGAUUUAAGAUUAUUUCUGCGAGAAACUCUCUCCAUAUGAAUAUAAACCCUCUCUAGUGAUUUCUAUUCGGAAAUAAUAAGAAAAAAAUUUAUCAUACAGCUUAUACAAGUCAAACGCGACUUUGAUUUAUUGGUUCCGGUCCCGGAGAGCAGAACAAAUCCAAGCCAUCGUCGUCUACGAUGCUUCGAGUUCUGUUACUGCUAUCAUUGUUUAGCUCCGCGUUGAUAGGAGCGGUUAUAUCCCACGAAGAGAAGGGAGAAUGGAGCUGCGAUUCGGACUUGGAUAUCCGAGUGGCCGCCGGGUUCAGACCUGGUCUCGUCACUCUCGACGGCCAUGCCGAUGAUUGGAAGGACAUUGAUGGGUUCGAGUUCUCUCUGCUACCUGCUUUGGACCCAGAUGCUGAAAACGAAUAUAAAGCUGGAAAAUUGACUGUUAAGGCGUUGCAUGAUGGGCAUGAUAUGUUCUUUUUGGUGCAAGUCGAUGGGGACUAUGUUUACUCCAAAGGUAACAACAACAAAUGUCCAUCUGUUGCCCUCAUGUUCCAAAUUGGCGAAAGUGCAACUUAUCACAGGAUGGGUGGCUGUGCUGAUGGACCUGAUUCUUGCACUAACAAGACUUGCAAAGGCCAUGAAGUUGACAUUAUGCACUUCUCAAUAGGAAAUGCCAUUCCAGGAAGGCUCUAUGGUGGCAACCCAAUUGACAACAGGGAUGGAAAUGGAGGUGAUAGGUUUGGUCAUCUGGUUGAUCUUUAUGCCUGGAACCCACACUGUCGUUAUCUAGAUGGACUUGGUCCCCCAGCAUCUGGAAAUGAUACUACCGCCCAGAAUAAUUGGAAAGGCGCAUGGUGGCAUAGCAGCUUCAAUGUUCACUCGGGUUUUGUGGAGGAAGACAGUCCAUAUGCUUCAGAUGGUCAAAAGGGCACAUAUUAUUUUGAAUUCUCUAGGCCUUUGAGAACUAUGGACCGUCUUCAACAGGAUGCUCAAUUCACAAUCGGUGGAUCAAGUAAUAUGGCAGUUGCAUUUUGGUAUCCUCUUGAUGGAACACCAUGGCAUGGCUCUGGACACUUUUCUAUUAACUGCGAUUGGGUUCCUUUAGAUAUCUCUUUGGGAAGUUCUUUGUUAACCAAGGCAGGAUCAAGUUCCUCAACGAAUGCUUCAAGCAUUUUUGCUGUUCUUCUAUCAGUAGUCUCUUUAUGCGCAUCUGCGUUUGUGGGAUAUUGGGUAUUCAAACCUAAAAGUGUCCACUUUACACCCAUGGAAAAUCUUUAGGAUAGCACUAUGAGGUUUUGAUUGUACUACUCGUUGUGCUUUUACUUCUUACAUAGUACUUACCACUUGAUGCAUUUUUUUGUUAUAAGUCUAUUGUUAGCUUUAAUAUAUUUAUAUUGCUCGUUGUA